AUGAAUACGAGGUAUCGAGACGAAAGCGGAGCGGAGGUGUUGCAGUUUGGCGGUCUGCCUUGGGUGACUUUGGAUGAGGGCACAAGCACAUUUUCCGGCGAUUGGCCGAAGUCUGUCACUUAUAACCCACGUGAAAUUCAAGGACUGGAAAUGCCCAUUGUUUUGGUGUCGAACCCGGAGGAUAUUUUGAGAGGGAGAAAACCAAUACCAGCUACAGACAAACCUGGCAUGAGUAAGCAAGAUAUAAUGAUGACUCGAAGGGAGCACGCAGCAGCUCUGUCCUCUUUGUUUGUGGCCAUGACGCGAGCUCAGUCACGCCUUCUGCUUCUCACGAAGCCUCCGACGAACGCCACAUCCAACAAGAUGAAAGCAAAGACCGCUGUUGAUCACUUGGUGAAAACUUUCGCUGAGCAUGGUCAAACGCAUGCUUCUGGGGCGCCAGAUGACACUCGUAAAAUACCACUGACUCAGAAGCAGUGGAGCUUCGCAACAGAUGGAACGGAACUAAAAGAGGCGCUUCUCCGUGUCAAUCGAGGAGCAGGAGGGGAUGGAGUAGUUAAAGAUGAUGAUGAACCUGUUAAAAGUGUACUAGUGAAUCAAGCCUCUUGGGUGAAGCUGUUUCUCGCUAAUUUGGCGCAACAGAACUUACAACAAACGAAGGCUGCCUUCCAGGAACAUAUUUUUCCGCAUUGUUCUGAUGAUCAUGUUCUUCAUGAACAUGCUACGGACGAUUACGAGACUCCCAGGGACGAACUGAAAGGGCGAUCGCUUUCCAAUAUUAUCAAGACGAUUAGAGAGAAGGAGCAGUCGUUGUCCGGCGGCUCGGCUCCAACAGGACCAGAAGAAGAGCCGCAGCAGCGUGAGGACCGGUUGUGGGAGACGUUCCUCACUGCUGUUGGAACUUCAGACGCUGAGACCCUGUUAACCCGAUGGUCAAAGCAGAAGGCGCACGGAGCUAAGCGGGCUCAAAGGCUCCAAGAGCUCGAGGGGGCGAGGGCCGCGAAAAGUACGCAAACUGCGCAAGGCCCGCGAAAGGGAGGAAAGCAGGCACGAGCACAAGCACCUCCAACAAAAGGAAAAAAGAUUCCUGCUGCAGGUGAUGCAGAAGAACAGGGUCAAACAAUAAAUGAAAAAGAACUAGUUGCACAAGAAGAAAGCGAAAUUGCGAGGGUGGUGAAUGCAUGGGCAACUUUGGAGCCCAUUGCUCGUCGUGUGGGCACAUUAAGUGGCCCAUGGGGAGAGAAAUAUUCUGUAGAUGUCUUACGCCUGUUCAAGGCGCUAUACUUUGUGAUUGAGUCCGUGUGCCGGAGAGGGAGCAAAAUUCUCACCUUGAACGAGGCGAGGCAAGAGAGUGAGAGCCUCGCAAAACACUUCCUGGUAGAUCUUCUAGGGUUUCUACUUAGAACAGCAACACGAGAAACAGAAAAAGGCGCUUCUUCUCCUAGUCCUCGCAGUGGAGGAACAGGAAUAGUGCCUGCAUUGAAGUAUUUUGAGGACAAGGGCUACGCCUUCGACGUGGCUGGCGAUCCUCUCCUUCGUCUUCAUUACGCGUUAUUCUUCGAUGCGGAUAAAGUCGGUGACGCCGUGACGGUGACGUGGCUUGAUCCAGAAGCACAGCGCCAAGCAAGAAACAUGGAGGAAGAAGAACUAGGAGGACAAGAUAUGAUUGCGUCAUCAUUAGAGGCCAUGGGGAGAGAAAUAUAGUGUAA